CACACACACACACACACACACACACACACACACACACACACACACACACACACACACACACACACACACACACUACUCUGAGAAUAUGCCACAGAUGAUAACGGAACAUAAUUAUGAAGAUUCUACAGAUCUAUAGCUUUCUGCUGGUUUUGGACUGUGCGGGCUCCGCCCCCCCGGUGCUGACCGGUCCAGGCUCCGCCCCCAUGGGCUCCAAGGCGCGGCUCCUGUGCACGGCGGCGGCCUCCCCCGCGCCCGUCACAUACCAACUGAUGAUGAGCCGGCGGGUGGUCGCCACGGUAACCCGUCAUCAGGAGAACCUCACGGCAGAGUUCGUGAUCACGGUGACGAAGGAAGGGUCGUACCACUGCACGGUGACCGCGGGGAAGAACACCACCACGAGCAACAGCAUCAGGCUGCAGGUCAUGAGGACCAGACUCACCUCGGACCCCAACCCCCCCGUUCUGUACGAGGGUUCUCGUCUGCUCCUGAGCUGCGAGGCGCCGGUGGAGUCCGGCCUCUCAUACACCUGGUACUUCAACCGCAGCGUGGUGACGCCCCAAACGGCCCCCCCGCUCCGCCCUGUGGGGGGCCGGCUGGUGGUGGAGCGCGUGACGGAGCAGCACGCCGGUCGCUACUCCUGCGUGAUCACGGCCCGUCGGACGAACAACCGGACCUUCAGCAGCAGGGAGCUCACUGUGGUCGUCAAAGCGUUCCUCUCCCAGCCCAGGAUCUCGUUCAGCUUCUCCCAGGCGGCAGGGGGGUACGAGGGGGCCGUGACCUGCUGGACCUCCACAGGGAGUCCGCCCGCGUCCUUCAGCCUCUCCCUGGACGGAGAGGAGGUGGCCUCCCACAACGCCACCGCCUCCAUGACGGUGACCUUCCCCGUCGCCAUGGAACCUGCGCAGGACAUGGGCGCUGCCCGGUGCCGGGUGAAGACCGACGUCCAGGACCUUUGGAGCGAGACGCAACCUCUGGUCGUAGUCCCGGUCGGCGGCCAUGUUGAGCUGGAGGUGGAGUAUCUCUACGGGGCAGACUCUAAGAUGGCCGCCGCCCAGCUGCACUGCCGCCCCAGCCGGGGAACCUUCCCCUCGUUCUCCUGGCUGCUGAACGGCGCCGGCCUCCCUGCUGACCUCCUUCCGGCGCCUCCUCUCCACGACGCCGCCCCCCGCUACGGCCUGGUGGACGGGGGGCGGUCCCUCGUCCUCACCGGGGUGGCCCCCGGGGGGGGCGGGUCCUACCGCUGUCGGGUGAGGGACAGCUUCAAUGACUCAGCCCCCUGGUUCGAGAGUCCGGCCGUGCUGGUCAGACUGACAGCGGCCGCUCUGACCACCAUAGAGAUCAUCAGCAUCUCGUUCUGCUGCUUCCUGCUGCUGGUCUUAGUGGCGGGGGGGGUGUUUGUGAUGCUGAGGCUUGGGGACCGCCGACGGGCGACCAGCCGCCGCGCCUCCACCACACACUCAGGUCCCCGUCUGCCAGCAGCCUUGCCUUCUCUGACCGCUCAGAGAACCAGAGCUGGAGUCGGCUAUGAUGCCCACAGACAGACUCUGCAGUUGAUCCCAGUUCAAUAAGACCAGUAUCAUGAGCCACCACAACCAGUUCAUCAAGACGCACCCGUACCAUGGACCAGUACCAUUACCACAAACCACAACAACCAGUCCAUUAAGACGCACCAGUACCACAAACCACCAUAACCAGUUCAUUAAGACGCACCCGUACCAUGGACCAGUACCACAAACCACCACAACCAGUUCAUUAAGACGCACCCGUACCAUGGACCAGUACCACAAACCACCACAACCAGUUCAUUAAGACGCACCCGUACCAUGGACCAGUACCACAAACCACCACAACCAGUUCAUUAAGACGCACCCGUACCAUGGACCAGUACCACAAACCACCACAACCAGUUCAUCAAGACGCACCAGUACCAUGGACCAGUACCACAAACCACCACAACCAGUUCAUCAAGACGCACCAGUACCAUGGACCAGUACCACAAACCACCACAACCAGUUCAUCAAGACGCACCAGUACCAUGGACCAGUACCACAAACCACCACAACCAGUUCAUCAAGACGCACCCGUACCAUGGACCAGUACCACAAACCACCACAACCAGUUCAUUAAGACGCACCAGUACCAUGGACCAGUACCACAAACCACCACAACCAGUUCAUUAAGACGCACCCGUACCAUGGACCAGUACCGUGCACCACCACCUCGCCCCCCCCCUCUUUAUCAGAAUGUGUUUAAACUCAAGUCUUGGUUUUGUAGCAAAAUGACAUUUCUUAAAGCAGCAGUAGGCCUACAGUAUCUGUGUCCUUUAUGAAAAAUAAAAUACCUUAUAGAUUUAAAA